AUGAAAGUCGCGAUAGUUCAUCUGACGUUCGAUUGUUACAUUCGAAAUCCAGAGUUCGAUAGAUGGCUCCAAAUCUUGAAAAAUAUUUGUUCUAAUUUGGCGGGACGAAUCAUCACAAAAAUGAACCGAAAAGAUAUUGAUUCAUAUUUAGAAGCGCUUGCUUCUUAUGUCAACGAUGAAGACAAACUGGUAACGUACAAAUGGCUAAGCAAGGAAUUGAACAUCCACGUGAAUUUAGCAAAGCAGAUUUUAUUUACAUACUGGGAUGAGCGACGUGGCAAAAAAGAUGCAGUUUCAUCAACUUUUCUACUGAUUGGAAAUCUUUGCGAUGGAGGAAUGCGGGUCGAGGUUGUCACUGAGGCGGACUUGCUCUCUGCUAAGAAGAGAUUUGCUAAUAUAGUGUCCGAACACAUUUACAGCCUGCAAACAAACCUUCCAGAAUUAGAGCUCCUUGCCAUCACUGAACCUGGAGAUGCCCAACAUAGUGCUGUGCACUGCUCAACAUCGGUGAUUAGGUCUGAACAAGAAAUGGAAAUGUUACAGUGGGGUAAACCAUUGCCAAAGAUGAUAUCCGCUGUAACUACUCAAUCUACCGAUGAAAAAAUUGUCAAGAAACUAACGAGCUCUACAGUUAAAGAAACUGAGCAACAAAAGAAUAAACCUUCAGCAACGAAGCCAACGACCACAACUGCAAAACCAAAUGGAUCAAAACAAAUGAGUGCAUUCAAUAAUAUGUUUGCUAAGGCAAUAGAAAAACAAAAGGUUUCAGUGACGACAUCUUCCAACACUACCAAGACUAAGGCUUCUGCAACUCGUAGUCCCUCAUCAACCAUUCCACCAAAAAAUGCUUGGUUUGCAGCUAAACCUAACUCUAAAGAAACAACAGAAGAAGUUAUCACAAAACAACCAAGAAGCGAAAAAAGUCAGGAACAGGUCAAAGUAAUAAACAAUCAGAAGAGAGAAAGAUCACCCGAGAUAAUGGAAAUCCAAACGAUGAAAUUUCAGGAUGAAGGUGCUAGUUUGAGUAAGUCAGCUGCUAAAAAUGUAGCCCCAUCUUCGAGAACCAGAAAGCGGCAGAACACUUCCAAGCGCAACAAUAUUGAUAAGAAAAGGAAGCGGAUUGUCGUUGCUGACUCCAAUGAUGAAUCAAGCAGCGAGGACACGUCUAUGGAUAUUGAGGAGCCACCUAGUCCCCCUGAACCACUAGUUAUUGAAAAAAAAGCAAGAUCACCUUCGCCACCAAAAAUCAAGGUUCAAGGAGGACGAACCAGGGUGCGCAAACAGGUCGAUAAAACAUUUAUGGAUGACGAUGGAUUCAUGAUUACCCAAAAGGAAUAUGUUUGGGAAAGCUGUUCAGACAAGGAUGAGGAAAUGGAAAUAUUAUCGAUCAAACCACCAGCUGCGUCUUCUAAACCUCCAGCUAAGAACGCUACCAAACAGAAGCAGGCGUCGCUACUUAACUUUUUUAAGAAAUCGUGAUUAUGCAUUUUAUAUUUGCUUGCAGUGUUAGACAAUCAUCUCGCUAAGUUGAUGUCCUGGCAUAUUCUAAUAAUAAUAAAAUGAUGAAAGACUUGAAAAA